UGCGUGGUGCAGCCAGUCUUACCCAGUCGAACGCGCACAAAUCAAAACAAAGCAUCGAAGAAUUAAUUACAAAACACCACCGCACCGUAAGACAAUUCCCCAGCAUCACAUACUGGUACGGAUGCAUGCUACUGAGUGGCCUGUUCAGAACACAUGCCUAGGUCAACUGGAGAGCUUUUGCGCGCGCCGAGCCGAGCCGCUGAGCCUCGAAAUCCAAUGUCAGCAGCAGAGCACUUCGCGAACUUGCUCACCAUCGUCGCCGUCGUCAUCGUAGUCCGCGGUUGUCCGUGCGCACAAUUGAAUGAAAACCGGCUUCUCUUGCGCGGAGGGGCAGUGCCUAUGUCCAUCGCAAGCAUCGGUAGAGCGCAAUUAAACUCGAACACGAGGGGACUAGAUCUGCACUUGAUAUCUCGUACAAAUUUCGAAUUUUGACUAUUCAGUAUCGAACAAACCGCGCAGGACGAGAGACGAGUUCAGGCGGACACUCCCUCUUCUUUCGGGUUUAUGCUUCUCGGCUAUACAUCAAUCCGGUGAUCGCGCGCGUCCGCAAUGUAGUGCUGGCACAGGUCCUGGGCAGUGUCCUACGAAUAUUCGGUGCCUGUGGUAGAGUGAUCGGGAGAUGUGACAAGAACGAACGAUGAAUGUGGUCGGAAUUUGUGGUUUGGUGCGGUUGGUUUCACUGCUGGGGCUGGUGCUACUGCUACGAGGCGGAGGAGUGCAGUCGAAGGCCAUCGGGAGUGUGACGACAGAGGAACCGCCAAUCGAUAAUGGAAUUGUUGUUGCGUCAUCAUCGUCAUCAUCGUCGACGGAGUUCUCGAUCGGGGGAACAUCGGAGGAGACGGAGAUCAGGACGACCACAGAAGAGGUGCCAACGAUCGAUCGAGAGCAUGUGACGUUGCGAAUUCCAGAUGAGCUGUUCUCGUCGACGGCGAAUUUGACACUUCGAUUGAGAGAUUUCCUAGGGCAGUUGUUGCUGAGAUCCGUCGCACGGCUAGCCAAAAUGAUGCGUUUCGUUCAACCCCUCUUCGGCGGUCAUCUAGUGAUUGAAAUUCCGAAAGACCUGGAGAAAAUUUAACGCUAAGCUAAACCUAGGUAGAUCAUUUUAUUAA